AUGAUGGCGCGGCGGCAUCUUGAUCGCUUGCGGAGCAACGUGGUGGCGUGGAACGAGUGGCGAGCGACCGAGGAUGUAUCGGGUUUGUCAUUCGCCUACUCGCAGAUGCGUGGCGCCGACCUGACCUGGAGUAACCUGGACAACCUGGACUUCAGCGGGUCGGAUUUCAGCAACGCCGAUCUGCGCGGCGCCGACCUCCACCACUGCAAUCUCACCGGGGCCAACUUCCAGAACGCCGACCUGCGGGGCGCAAACCUGCAGGGGGCCACCAUCCAGGAAACCAAUAUGGCCCGCGCCCAACUGCAGGGAGCCAACCUGACCCGCGCAGACCUGAAUCAGAUAAACCUGCGCGGGGCCAACCUGGGGCAGGCGGUGUUGCGAGGGACGUACUGCUAUUUUUCGGAUUUCUCGGAAGCCAACCUGGCCUGGGCCGAUAUCCAGUUCGCGAAUUUGUCGAAUACCACGUUUUACAAAUCCGACCUCACCGAAGCAAACCUGACCCAUUCCAAUUUGUCCCACGCCAAUCUGAACCAGACGGUGUUGAACAACACGAACUUCAGAGACGCCCUGGUGUACGACACCAUAUUCGCGGCGCUGGACUUGACCGGAGCGCAUAAUCUGGCGUCGGUCCGCCAUCAGGCCCAGUCAGAAUUGAGCAUCGGGACCGAUACGCUGAUCAGCACGCUGCGCGGCUCUGGCGGGCAACUGACCGACGAGCAGGAGGAAUUCUUCGCCAAGGCGGGAGUUUCGCAGGCGAUGAUAGCAACGAUUCGAUCGGCCGCGAUUCCUCCGCCCACGCGGUAG